AUGUGGGAGCCUUCGGAUUACCCGCAGCCUUUUGAUGUCUACACGCUGCCCGCCUUGCCCGGGAUUUCUCUGACCAUUCUAUUUUCUAUAAUUGGAAUUUUCGGAAAUCUGAACAUAAUUCUGGCGACUGAUCGGAAAAGGCAUGGGCUUAAAAAUUUAUGAAGAUUAUCUUACUUUUUUUCAGAAGACUCAGAUCAAGAUGCAACAUAUUUAUUGCAAUUAACGCUGGUGCUGACGUCCUGCACCAGACAGGCCACAUAAUUUUUGCCUUCUACUAUCUCUUAGGCGAUCCAUUCAGGCCUCUGGAAUAUGUUUUUUAUCUCUAUAUACCAGCCGUAAUGGGGGCUAAUAUGGGGGCUCCGUUGAUGUUUGUAAUCAGCUUUGAUCGUUUGUUCUGUGUACUGUUUCCUGUCAAGUGAGUAACCUUCUUUGCAAAUUUCAUUUCUUAUAAAAUAUAUGUAGAUACGAAAAGAUCCCUCGACAUUACUACUUGGCAAUGUUGCUGGCAAUACCAAUUACCCAAUCGAACCUUAUCAUGUAUCAAAAUUAUCAGGGAAUGACGAAGAAUAGGAAUAUGUAAGUAUGUAGUCAAGUUGUCCGAAGAAACCAAAUUUAAGGCUGGUUGUAUGCUCGUUUGUUCAGACAUACACCGGAGAUGACCAGCAUGUCUGGCGAUAUAUGCAGGUCAUCUUUUGCGUUCUGAUAAUCGCUUGCUACACAUUCAUUUGGUUCUACCUGAAUCACAAUCAAGAAGCCUUUUUGAAAACGGUGAAGCCGUUAAGUCUGAUAACUAUCAGCCAAGUUUCUUGCUGGCUUAUGGCAACCGGUGUGCAGUAUAUUUUUAUGCCUUCCGGCCUCAACGAUCCAGGGUAUAUCUUCUUGCUGCAAAUGAACGGCGGUUGGCAACUCAAUAUGGGCUUGGCUUCCAACUAUUUUGCGUAUUUUUUGAAGUAAGUUUGCAAAUACAUAAGUGCACGUAGCUUUUUUUAAGUAAGGAUUAUCGUAUGGCCUUCCUGGAACAGCUGGAUGUCAUCACUUGUGGUUAUAUUAACUCAAGAAAACGCAGAACAAAGGUUUCAGUUUUAUGGAAAGGAACGUUUAAUUCGGCUAAUAUGAAAACAUCAAGACUCUGA